AUGGAAACGGAUACGGUCGUCGUCGGCAACGGGCCGUCGGCCAUGAUUCUCUCAUACAUUCUUCACGGCUGGAUCCCAUUCUAUUCCUCAGACCCCCCGCAUCCCGACCCACUCCUCGAUACCAAGUUGAAAUCCGCAUCAAACCUCCUAGACAUCGACGUCGACGAACUGACAGCCCAUUUUGCCGCCUCCCGCCUAUCAUACUCGACUCAAGCCUUGCCAAUAAAUGUACUUCUGGAUACCCUGGUACGACCCAGUCUCGACACCGAAGAAUCCGGUAACAUAUCCAAUGUGGAAUGGCGACACAUGCCCGAGAAGGCCAUUUCUCAUAUCGUCUUCGGCAGUUCGUCCAAUCCCGGAGGUCAAUGGACAGAAGAGCCAAGCGGGGCAAGCUGGGACAUUCAAACUUUGAGCUACGCCGCCAUGCUCUCUUUACCGGGGUACUCGUUCGCAGACCAUCAUAAAAAAACCACAGGACAGGAUCUAGCGCCUUUCACUCGACCUACAAGGCGCGAAAUUGCAGAAUACUUUCGGGUUUAUCCUACAGCCGUUCAUAUCAAUCAAGCAUUCCGCUGUGGAGAAGAGCUGAAUGGCAUCACCCGCACUGCCAAUGGGUUUUACAUAAAGUCACACGACCUCCAUUGCAAGCGACUAGUUCUUGCAAGUGGCAUAUUCUCCGAAAUCCUCCCACCCCUCCCAAUACUCCAACCUAUACUCCAAACACAGCCAACUCCUACAGUUCCAAUUCUUGUCAUUGGCUCGGGCUUUAGCGCAGCUGAUGCGAUCAUUUCCGCUGCGCCGGACCAAAAGAUCAUCCAUAUCUUCAAAUGGGCUCCGGACGAUCGGCCUUCGCCACUUCGCGCUUGCCACCAGCAAGCAUACCCCGAAUAUGCCGGUGUCUACCGAAUAAUGAAGAAAGCCGCACUUGCCGUAAAAGGCGUCUCGAGCCAACUAUCAAAGCGUCGUCGGGGCUUGUCGUCCGCUUUCCUAGAAAGUCGCAAGUGGGAUGAAGUGUAUGAAGGCCUCUCUAAUGUAGAGAUCACUGCCGUCGAGACAGAAGACGGAUUAGCUCAAGUUACAUUCCGCCAAACCGAUGGAACAACGUUUUCUCGAGCUGUAAAAGGUCUUGUCUAUGCUGCCGGACGACGCGGUUCUUUGGGGUAUUUGGAUACUGAGCUUCGCACCGAAGUUUUGAAACACAAUACCUCAGACAGUGAUGCUGUGACCAUGCAGACUCUUCGAGCACAGGCGAUAGAUGAUCUGGAGGUCGCGCCUGGUGUGCACAUUAUUGGCAGUUUAACGGGUGAUUCGCUCGUACGAUUUGCGUACGGUGGCUGCGUUUAUGCGGCAAGGCAUCUUAUUGAAGGCCGAGAGAAGCAAAUGGUGACAAGGAGUGCAUGUAGCAGUGCACCAUCCAUUCAAGCCCAUUCACUUUCUUUGCCCGUGAUGAAUGGAAUAGAUGGUCAUGACAUCUGUCCCAGUGAUAUUCCCGAGGUGACGCGUGAGGAUACCUUGAGCAAAGUCUCAACUGUAUCACCUUCUCGGGGAUGGUGGCACACUUUCGCACAGUAG